AUGGGGGUUCGUGCCAGCGCUCGGGAGACUGAGCUAGAACCGCUAAGCUGCUUCCCCAGAAAGGAAGUAUGUGCGAAGUCUCUGUCCUCUAGUAUAGAGAUGGUAAGUGUGGGAGUCAUCACGGAGUCUUGCCACGUCAGGUGGGAAACUGAGACAGAUGAAGUGGUCCUGCGGCGGCGGCAGAAGCAGAUAGAUUAUGGCAAGUGCACACCUGGUUACCAGUGCUUUCUGCAGCAGGUGCCCAAGGCACAUCGACAGCCAGGGUUUCACCCUCAGACACCAAACAAAAACAGGAGGUGCAGCCGACGAUCCUGGGAUGCCCAGAUCAGGCAAUGGAGAAGAGCCUUGCAUACCUGGGACCCCCCAAGUCAGCCUCUGCAUGACAGGGAGGCUGAGGGGAAGGCAACAAAGAACUUCCUAAGGCCAGUGGAUUCUACUCCUUUGGAUGAUCACCCGGAUAACUGGCCCCAGGCCCCAGAAUCCUCAGAGAAUUGGGACAGAGGCCAGGAAGAGGCCCAGUUUGCAUACUUGAAGGGUCCUGCUGCCUCUCCUCCCCAGCUCACAGAGGAAGCUCUUCAUCACUAA